AUGGGAGAGAGAAUUCAAGUUGGGAUUCGGGUGAGACCGAGUUUGGGAAUCGAUGGCGAUAGACCGGUUUUACAGAUCCAAAAUAACUCGAUUUACGCGGAAAGUCAUCAAUCCCGUUCCUUCAAAUUCGACAAAGUCUUCAACCCACAAGAUGACCAAGAAACCAUCUUCGCCGACAUCGGCCAAAACAUCCUCGAAAACACCCUCGCCGGUUUCAACUCAACACUUCUUACCUACGGCCAAACUGGCUCCGGAAAGACCUUCACCGUUUUUGGAGACAACGAAGAACCCGGCAUCGUGCCUCGGCUUUUAAUCGCGCUGUUUGAGAAGAUCUCUUCGCUGAGAUCGAAAUUUCCGACGAAUGAUUAUCACGUGGAAGUUUCGAUGCUCGAAAUUUACAAUGAAAAAGUGAGGGAUCUUCUCGGCUCGAAAAAUGGGGGCUUCGCGAAGGUUCGAGAAGUUGGCGAAUAUUUCAAGGUCUUGAAUUUGACCACAGUCGUGGUUCAUAGUAGAGAAGAGGUUGAACAGGUGGCGGCGGAAGGAGCAAAGGGACGAUCAAUUGCCUCAACAAAUAAAAAUGAGAAAUCAUCAAGAGCGCACACGAUUUUCAAAAUCCGCUUCGUUCAAAAAAUCAAGGAAAACGAGGGUACCCGCGUGAAGCGAUCGGAAAUUGUCCUCGUCGAUCUCGCCGGAUCGGAGAGAGUUGGGCAAGCAGAAAUGAAAGGAAACAGAUUCAAGGAAGGAGUGAGCAUCAAUUUAUCGCUGAUGAAGCUUGGGGAGUGCAUCAAAGCGCUGGUCGAUUUGAGAAAUUCGCCUGGCCAUCCAACUCCUUCGCAUAUUUUCCGGGGAUCGGUGAUGACUCAGUUGUUGAAGCGCUCGCUUGUUGGAAAUUCGAAGACAAUUAUGAUCGCGACGAUUUCCGCGGACGAGGAGAAUUUUCAGGAAACUUUGAGCACGCUGAAAUAUGCAAAUCGAAUGAAAGAGCUUGCGACUGAGCCGAUUGUCAAUGAAGAAUCGGCGGCAAAGAUCAUCAAAGAGCUGGAAGAAGAAAUAACUCGACUAAAGAGCGCUAUGAAAAAGUCCCGACGACCAUCAAAUUUGAGCCAAACAGAGCUAGAAGCGAUUCUAGAGGCAAAAAUGCGCGAAAUCGAGCUUUUGACUCAAGAUUACGAAGAGCGCCUCGCCCAAGAGCUCCGAAAAUCUGAAGCGUUGAAAAAGAAACUUGAGCAGAACUUUGACGAGCUGCUUGCUGAGGAGCUCGAAAAGAUGAAACGAGAUAAAGGCGGAAUUUCCAGCUCGAGUUUAAUUCAACUCAGAUCGGAGCUGGACUUUUUGAGAGGGGAGAAUCAGUUUCUUCGGAAUGAAAUUGAAAAUUUGACGAAAAAGAAAAGAAAAUGCUGUUUUGGAUUUUGCCGAAGUCGGAAGAAAAAUUUCACUUCUCCCUAA